GCGGCCCAUGGACGUCACAUGAUCAUUGUGUCACGUGACUUUGUUUUUGGCGAAAAUGACAACUGGCGUUUCAACAUAUGCGGUAUCUACUGUAUAUUUAUAUUCUGUUUUAUUUGUUUUAUUCAAUGUAUAUGUCGACAGUCAGGAUAUUGAUGCGCAGUUAUGUGAGAUGUGCGAAGGGACUGUGCGACAAGACAGCCCUGUCUGGGAUUUCUGCCUAACUAAAGGCCAUUUUAAAGGACGCUGCUGUUAUGAAAAUAAUACCAGCAAUGUAGACACCAUUAUAGGGCUGGACCUGUCAAACUGCUCUAUCAGUCAUGUGGAGCACCUGUAUAAUUCAUUCACAGCAGUCAUUAUAGAUCUCUCCAACAACCCCAUCUCCAAUCUGAGCGAUUUCAUAUUUGAGGGUUUCAGCCAUCUGACCCAUCUUUUACUACCCUCAAAACUGGAGUGUCCGGGAGGCAAUGCAUCAUGGGAGAAGGUUGAAGUGAAAAACAAAGCCAGAAUCUGCGAAGGACAGAAAAAUGUUUGCAAUCAGACGGUGCAGAUGCCCUGGAAUUGCCCUGAAAACUCAUUCUGCAGCCCAUACGGACCAGGGUUCUUUGAGUGCAGUUGUCUCCAUAAUUUCCACGGAUACAAGUGCAUGAGACAGGGAGAGUUCCCCAUAGGUAUGGUGCUUGGAAUACUCACCGGAUCCACAGUCGUGGUUUCAUCUUUACUCUGGUUCACACAAAGACGAAAGGUUGAGACCACUUGAAUUUAACAGAGGAGCAGCUGUUGGAGUGACAGUGCCACAAAACGCAUCGAGUUUACUGAAAAUCAUGUGAUUCAUACACUGGAAGGUUAAUGAACAUUUUAGUUUCUUGUUUUUAAAUAUGACAAUGCAAGUUUACAUGACUUUCUUUUUUUAAUAACUUUCUCUUUGUUUUGACCCUUAAAUCUUUUUAUUUAUAGAUUUUAUAAAAUGAAUACUGACAUAUUUUCACAGCCUUGAAAAGACUGCUUUGUAAAGGGAAAACUGACCAGACUGACCUAGCUGAUUAUUUCUGACCGAUGUUUUGACUCUAAGAACUGAGAUAUUUUAGUAAUGGCUAUGAAGGACAAAUAUUUUGUGUUGCUUUAAGACAAAAUUGUCUUCAUUUUAAAGAUAUUUGAAGUGUUUUCAUUUUAUAAAGGAGGGAAAUGAAUGUCACUUGUGAUUUGUGAAAAAAAAAAAAAAAAACGUAUAUUGUUUCUGCUACAUCCAGCUGUUUACAGAUUAGAUACUGAUCGAUACUAACCAAUGACCAUGCAACCUCUACUAAAACUAUAUGCUUUUCAUUUUUUGUCAAAGGGAAUCUGUUUCAUCUGCUAAUAUGAGAUUAACACUGUUAGUAUAAUACUGACAUGCUUUACUUUAUGCAAAUCUCUGUUUUGUCAAUGUAGUAUUGUGGUAAGGAAUUCAGCAUGUACCUCAGUACCUAAAAUAAAGAUUGGUCACAAAAGAA